AUGUCCAUAGUUGACCCGGCAGCGGCGAAGACGUCGGCUGCGCCCAAACGAUCGUCAUCUGCCGGUCCUCCGAAGCCCAUACCGCGACCGGCUGGAGGGGCAAACGGAACAGCUCCGGCUCCCCAGCUGAAGCGCAAAGCAUCUAGUCCAGCAGAUGGCAGUCAAGUCAAGAUUCAAAGAAAAGAUGGUCCUGGCCAGCUCGGCCAGACAAACGGCCCUGUCCGCCCGGCUGCGACGCCCAGCGUGGCAAGACCGAACACACCCGCUUCUACCUCAUCUAUUCCAUACCGUGGGACCGCUGCACCAGCGUCUACGAAGACUGCAAGCCCGAUGGUCAAGAGACCUACAAUCACACCACGCAUGUCAUCAGCCCCGUCCAAGCCACCUGCGCCCGCACCUAAGCCCGCUCCAACCAUCACUGCAUCGACCUCAGCAUCGGCGGGUGCGCCCAAAAAGGGAUAUCUGGCUCUGCUCCAAAAAGCAAAGGAGAAGGAAAUAACAAAGCCUGCUGCCCCUUCAGUCAAGCAUGAGUCAACCAAGAUUUUGACAAAGAAGGAACGCUUGGCACUCAAGACAGAAACAAACAAUGGUGUCAAAGGAAAGAAGUCAGGGCCAGGAGUGCCUUUGAGGCCCACGGAUGCCAAAGGCGAUGCGUCAAAGGUGCAACGGAAGCCUGCCGAAGUCGGCUAUCAAGGUACUGCACGCCCUACCAAGAAGCCUGAGCCUAUGGGAUACAAAGGAACUGCUCGGCCAGGCAGCGCGCCCGCGCCUUCCAGUCGGAACGGAACACCUGCCGCCAAAGCGAAACCAAAGCCUGCGAAGGGACGCUACGAUGGAUAUGUGGAAUGGUCUGACCUCGAUGAUGAGGACGUCGACGAAGAAGAAGACUAUGAGAGCGAUGCCUCAUCCGACAUGGAGGGUGGAAUGUGGGACGUGGAGCAAGAAGAACAGUUGGCUCUCAAGGCUGCAAAGAAGGAGGAUGCCGAGGCGCUUGCAAUGGAGUUGAAGCUCAAACGAGAGAAGGAAGAACGGAAACGAAAGCUUGCGGCGAUGUCGAAAGUCGCUGCUACCAAGAGGAAGUUUUGA